UCAGUUUUUUAAAGUUAGAUGAAAGUUAGCCGAACGCCGAACUAAACCAAAGUUUGACUAUUCGAUGGAAGAUGGUGCUUCAUAUUUAUGGCGUUUAUAUGUGCCAUUAUAUAUCCAGGUUGAAGUUUUCAACUUUUUAAUGCAAAAGAAAAAUACAAAAAUGGUGAUAUUUAGAACUUUUAUUCUUCUACUUACACUUAAUAAUGUUUAAUGUAGGUUAAUAUAAACAUUUUACUACCAUUAAAAAGUAGGGUACUCUGUACAAAAUGAAGAACUUAUUUCUAGUAAAUGCUGAAAAAUAAAAAAAAGGAUAGUUGCUAGUGUCGUAGUCGACCUUAUUUAUAGAUACUUUUUAUACACAACAAAAAUACAAAACCAUAUUUGUGAUACAAAACAACCACACACUAAUUUAGAUAAAAUAGCUGAUUUUAUCUAUUCACAAGUACUACGUCAACAAAAGUGUUUUGUGGUGGGUCCAAUGUACUUGAUCCUUAAUCAGCUGAUGUGGAAAAUAUGUGUCUCUAAAAUAAACCAUAAAUAAAAAUCAGUUGGUGAUAGAAAUACAAAUACGCCCAUCUGAAUCUGAUAACUUCAAUCUGCUUCAAUUGUCAACUUGGUUUUGAAAUGAUUUCCAGUUGCUGAAAUGGCUGAAGAGCAGACAAAUAUUGCUGGGAGCCUUUGUAUGGGCCCCCAUACAUUAAAUAUAUCUACAAAAUUAUUUGAGACGAACAGAAAAAGAUUAGUAGAUGCACUCCAAAAAGUAAAGGAAAAUUCCACUGUAGUUCUUCAGGGAGGAUCCGAGGUAUCAUUUUAUGAUACAGAUACAAGCUAUAUAUUCAAACAGGAAUCAUAUUUCAAUUGGUGCUUCGGUGUAACUGAAGCCGACGCUUACGGCGUUAUAGACAUUAUUACUGGACAAUCCUACUUGUUUUUUCCACGCCUUCCUGCUGACUAUGCUGUUUGGAUGGGUCCCCUUAAAACUUUAGAAGAUUUUAAAAAUAAAUAUAAAGUUGAUCAUGUCCAUUACAUAGAAGAGCUGCCAGCAGUUCUGCAAAAACUCAACAGAGGUCAUUUGCUCACAUUAACUGGUCGUAAUUCAGAUAGUGGCCUUACAUCAAAAGAAGCUACCUUUGAUGGGAUUGAAAAGUUUAAAGUAGAUAACAAGACUCUUUUUCCAAUAAUAGCAAAUUUGAGAGUUUAUAAAAGUGAAUUGGAGAUUGAAGUGAUCAAAUAUGUGGUAGAGGUUUCUUCUGCUGCACAUCGUCAUGUGAUGCGUUUAGCCAAAGCUGGAUUAUAUGAAUACCAAUGCGAGUCUGAAUUUUUGAAUUACUGUUACAAAAACGGAGGUUGCAGACAUUCAGCGUACACCUGCAUUUGCGGAUCGGGUAUAAAUUCAGCAGUUCUUCAUUACGGACAUGCUGGUUGUCCCAAUAAUUAUCAGUUAAAAGAAGGAAUGUUGUGUUUAUUUGAUAUGGGUGGAAGUUAUUAUGGAUACGCAGCAGAUAUUACAGUUACAUUUCCUGUAAACGGAAAAUUCACGGCGCAACAAAAAUUGAUAUAUGAAGCAGUUUUAAAAUCGAACGAGGCUGUUUUUAAAGCUGGUAAACCAGGCACAUCUUGGGCAGAUAUGCAUUUGCUUUCUAAUAGAGUUCUGCUUGAAGAAUUGAAAAAUGGAGGUCUUCUACAAGGGUCUGUCGAUGAAAUGAUGCAUGAAGAUCUUGCAGCUAUCUUCCAACCACAUGGUUUGGGUCAUUUCCUGGGCUUGGAUGUGCAUGACGUUGGUGGGUAUCUAGAUGGGUGUCCUGAAAGAUCUAGCAGACCGGGGUUGAAGAGUUUGAGGACUUCUAGAACAUUAGAGAAAAAUAUGGUACUGACUAUUGAACCAGGAUGCUACUUUAUAGAUCCUUUGUUGGAUAAAGCACUGGCAGAUCCAAAUAAAUCAAAAUUCCUCGUUCCAAGUGUUCUUAAUACAUUUAGAGGUUUUGGCGGAGUACGGAUUGAAGAUGACAUAUUGGUUACAGAAAAUGGUAUCAUCAAUUUGACCAAAGUACCUAGAACAGUUCAAGAAAUCGAGGAUUGGAUAGCUGGGAAGGAUGAUGAAAGAAAAUAUGCAUAAUAUAUAUAUUAAACCAAAUUUAAUCGUACCAAAAUAUUUUUGUAACAAUUAUUGAUAGUUAUUCGCAUGUCUGUUCAAUUAAUAAACAGAUAAUUAAAAAAAAAAUGUUUCGUCAUUUUUGGGUGGUUUUCUUUUGAACUUUUACAGUUUCUACUUUUCGAAUUUGGACAUUUAUUUCUUUUUUAACAUUAGGUUUAUUUCCUGUGGUUGUGUUUUUGGCAGCAUUGUUAUUUGGUCUUGGUUGCCUUACAGGUUUUUUAUUUUCCAGACUCUUUGCUUUUUCUAACUGAUCAACAAGCUUCUUUUCUUCUUUAACAAGUUGUUUUUCUUGCCUAAGAAGCUUUAAUUUCGCUUCUAUAGCUUCUUUUGAUGGUUCCUCUUUUUUAGGUCGAGGAUUUCGUGGUUUAUUUGGUCCCGAAGUCGAGGUCUAAAAUAAUUAAGUCAUAUUAAAACUACUUAUUUUAAAACAAUAGAAAUAUUGUUCCCAGAAUUUGAAAAUCAAUCUGUGCCAAAGCACAUA